GGUGAUCUAUUUUUUGUACUAGCGACAUUUUCUAAAUAUACCAAAAAUAAACUAAAAUUUAAAAACAAAACUUACUUGAAAAGUGCCGCGCUAGCGCGGUAACGGCUUUUGGGCUAGAGUGAAAAAUUAGAGAUGGACCAUAACAUGACAGAUCUCGAACUUGAAGACAAUCCUUUAUCAAGUGCUCCUCACAAUGUCCGCAAAUCGAUUAACCUUAAUCUAACAAAGAAAACAAAAAGUAAAACAAAAUCAUCAGUUAAAUCUAAUAAAUCAAGAUCAAAAAGAGAAAGAGAUGAUGGGCGAAGUGAAGAAAGUUUUGACGGAAAGAAUUUAUCUCGAAGAAAUAAGUCAGAAAGAAAAAGAGAAAAUAGUGAAGAUGAAAGAGAAAAUGAAGAAUUGGAUUGGUCUCAUAAGAUAAUGUUUGUUGGUGAAAAGAUACAGAAUCCUGUUAUUCAUGUUUGUGAGAGCUGCACUCUGCCGAUUCUUAUUUAUGGUAGACUGAGUCCAUGUAAACAUGUGUUUUGUUUAUCAUGUGCAGAGAAUAGCAAUGGCGAAUGUGUAAGAUGCGAGGAACGAAUAGAUAGGAUUGAACCAGCUACAAUUGGACAGAUAUUUGUAUGUUCUUUUGGAGGGAAUCGUAAUAUUACUUCUGGAUGUCGGCGAAGUUACUUGUCACAGCGUGAUCUUAUCGCACAUAUUCGUCAUCGACAUGAAAAGGAGGGUUCAACUAUUCUUGAAAACGAGCUUUUGAGACAACAAGGAAUGCCUAUAUUCAGUAUUCCUCCUAAUUUAAUUGCUCCUCCUGGUAUGAAUUUACGUGCUAGCAAUGCUGUUGUUAUAGCAGGGUUGGCUCCUAAUCGUCAGCAGCAAGCUAUAUUUGUUGAUGCAAACAGAAUGCCAAUUCUUUCAAGUUCGCAGACUCAGUUUAAUUCCCUGCAGCCGGGUGUGCAACUAGGCCAACAAUUUCCUGCUGCAUACCAAUAUCUUCCUGCCCAAAUGUCGACUUCUACGACUGCAAUUCAAAAUACACAGCAACAAUUAACUCCGAGUUUACAAACUGUUCAGCAAACUAAUACGCGACAAGACUUGCACUCCUCUCGAGUUUCGACUCCACAGCAAUCUUUAGCGAUGCGCUCGCAUGGAGAUUGGGGUGGAAGUAGUCCGAUGACUUCUGCUGGACAAGAGUGGACUAACCAAGGACGAGGCGGAGGUUAUCAACCGCAGUUUUAUAAAUAAAUUAUUUUAUAAAUAAAGUAAAUAUUUAUUUUA